UCUUGAACUUGCUCAAUCCGCCUCAACCACUGACCGGAUUCCCCGUCUUCCUUUCUGUGCUCCUAAACACGAGGCCGUUUGAAGUGUCGUCGAUUUGAUUUUCCGGGCGGGUGUUUUUGGUGUGUUUCGUCCCCUCCCUCCGCUCCGGGCCAUAGAUUCGACGCCUGUUUACCGCCCACCAACAUACGUACGUGUUCAUGCGCAAGUGACGGGAUGUUUCUCUGGCUGUGACAUGGUUUUGCGGCCUUGUAUUUGCCUUUGAUGAUCCCUUGGCGCGGUGCCGCCCUUUUCGACGUCUCAUAGAAGCUAUCUCUCUUUCUUGAUCUGGUCUGGCCGACGGAUACAACGACCAAGACGAAGACGCCGACGACGACAACCACAACGACGCCAAAGAACUUUGAUCUGGUCCGACGAAAGACGAACACGACGAACACGGCGACCGUAAAUACGGAUCCUUGGUGGUUGACGACGCUGGAUAUCGCAACCCGUUCGAGGAAGACGCGGUAAUACUGCUCACACCUAAAGCUUCACAAACUAUUGUCGUUAUGAGCCACAACCAUGGAGGAGGAGGAGGGGGCAUGGGCGGCGGCAUGAUGAUGGGGACGGCUCUGUUCCAGGUCACCAACAUCCACCUUGCGCAGUCAUUCUGGUACAUCAUCGCGGGAGUCGUGGGGUUCCUCGGCAUCAUACGCGGCCUUAAUUAUCUCGAGGGUCUUAGAAGACUCAGGAGGCGCCGCUCCGGAUCCGUCCAGUUCCCGACGCGCCCUUCGAACCGCAUCACCCAGAUCUGGGCCACGACGACGGCCCUUGUGCGCGAGGCGGGCCACCCGCAGCUCUAUAUCCCCAUCCGCGGCCUGCGCUGGGCGACGCCGCCUCCGCUGGGCCGCGUCCUCGUGCUACUGGCCUACUGGGCCGUCAUCAUCUACAUGAUGGUCGAGGACGCCAUCGUCAAGGACGCCUACUACUGGGAGCGCAUCGGCUUCCGCAACGCGUGGGUGACGCUGAUGCAGAUGCCGCUCGUGUACCUGCUUGCCAUGAAGGUCAACGUUGUCGGCCUCAUCGUCGGCGUCUCGCACGAGCGGCUCAACUGGCUGCACCGCUGGGUCGCGCGGACCAUGUUCGUCACGGCCACGGUGCACGGCUUCCACUUCUGGACCGAGUGGGUGCGCGCCGACUUUGUCGAGACCCAGUUGAGGAUCCUGCCGGCCAUCAAGUACGGCCUCGGCGCCUGGGGGUUACUGGUCUGGACGUUCCUCACCGGCAUGCAGCCGCUGCGCGCCAUGGCGUACGAGCUCUUCGUCGCGCAGCACAUCCUCUCGGCCGUCAUCUUCCUGUGGCUCGUCUACGUCCACAUCCCGGUCUACGCGCAGCAGUACCUCUGGCUCACCAUCGCGCUCAUCUGCUUCGACCGCCUCGCGCGGUGGGCGAUCCUCGCCUGGCAGAACACGAGGCUCCGCCGGACGAAGGGAUCGUCGUCGCCGUCGUCGUCGUCGACAACGACUUGCGAGGGUGUGAGGCGGCUGGGCCAUGAAGUAUACCUCCGGGCCGUGGGGUCAUCGACGACGGUGGUGACGAUCAAGGAUGUGCACUUUUCGUGGAAGGCCGGGCAGUACCUGUACCUCUGGCUGCCGCGCGUCGGGUUCUUCGAGGCGCACCCGUACACCAUCGCCUGCGCGCACCAGGUGCCGGAUACCUGCGUUUGCAACAGCAUCCAGCUUGUCGUCCGGGCGCACGGGGGCUUCUCCAAGAGGCUGUACCGCCACGCGCUGAAGAACGCCACUGCUGCCUCCUCCUCCUCCUCCUCUUCCUCCGGGGCGGCCAAGGGGGCGGCGCUGACGGGGUUCGUCACGGGCCCGUUCGGGGCGCCGCCGAGGUGGGACAUCUACGAGACCAUGGUGCUCAUCUCGGCGUCGACGGGGGCGUCGUUCACGCUGCCGAUUCUCGAGAGCGUCGUGCAGAGCCGGGGCGGGACGACGUGCGUGACGCGGAUCGAGUUCGUGCUCAUGGCGUGUCAGGGCGACGAGGUCGAGUUCUACACGCAGAGGCUGCGCGGGUCGAUGGAGCGGGCGCAGCGGGCCGGGAUCGAGCUGGUGGUGCACAUCGCCAUCACGAGGUCGGGCAAGGCGAGGGAGGGCGAGGCGGCCAGGAUGGUGCUGUUGUGCUCGGACGACGGCGAGAAGACGGGCUCGGGCAUUAGUUCGUCGUUGUCGUCGUCGUCGUCAUCGUCUUCGGCGCAGAAGCAUCAGCAGCACCGCCGGGUCGUGUCGGAGGACUCCGUCGACGGGGGAUGCUGUCAGGAAAAAGGGGGGCUGGACCUCGAAAAGGGGGGCGAUGAGGCGCUGUUAACGUCGCGGACGCGGAGCGGGUCGCUGGCGGGCAUGAUGAGGGAGUAUUACUGCCGUCCGGACCUCGAGGAGCUCAUACGGGGGCCAGUGGAGGCGUCGGGCGGCGAGACGUCGGUGGUGGUGUGCGGCGGGCCGUCGUUGACGAGCUCGGUGAGGAACUGCGUGGCGGCGCUGUCGGACGAGCGGGCCGUCCACAAGGGGACUGGGGCGCAGGGAAUUCACUUGUUUGUGGAGGAGUAUUCGUUCUAGAUCAUGUUGUGACGGGGACAUCAUAUACCAGGUAUUGCAUGCUGUAACAUAGCGAGAGCAUAUAAGUCAUGAUCAGAAGUGAGAAAUGGUGGUCUAUCUGUGUUAGACACAUCCUCACUCACCAUCGCAAUAUCCUACUCGUUUCCAACAGGCUGCUACUUCUUGGCGUCGGCACUCUA